UUGUCAUUAUUAUAAACAAUUUUGUGAUGAAUGUCCCUGUGGCAAAAUAUCCGUGACUAUUUCCUCAAGAUGGGAGUAGGAUCUCUAAGUCUAAGGAUUGGCGCAAUUUUCAGGUUUUGUUUUUUUUUGUUUUCUUUAAAGGUUUUUUUUUUUUUUUUUUGAUGUGGACCAUUUUUACUCUUUAUUGAAUUUGUUACAAUAUUGCUUCUAUUUUAUGUUUUGGUUUUUUGGCCAUGAGGCAUGUGGGAUCUUAGCUCCCCAACCAGGGAACAAACCCACACCCCUGGCAUUGGAAGGUGAAGUCUUAACCACUGGAUCGUCAGGGAAGUCCCUAGGUUUUUGAUAGAAAUUGCUAAAUUAUUUUUUAGGAAGUUCACAUGAACUGUGUGAUAAUGAGGUCUCAUGGCAGGCUCCCUUACUAACAGUGAACAUUAUCAUUCAAAAACACAGCAACAACAUACGUUUUCCAACUCCACAGGCAAAUAAUUUAAAACCAAGUUAAAUUUGGCUCAUAUAUCUAAUCUGGAGUAGCACAUUCUAUGUUUGUAUUUUUCUUUUUUCUUUCUUUUUUUUUUUUUUUUUUUUUUUUUGCGGUACGCUGGCCUCUCACUGUUGUGGCCUCUCCCGUUGCGGAGCGCAGGCUCAGCGGCCAUGGCUCACAGGCCCAGCCGCUCUGCGGCAUGUGGGAUCUUCCCGGACCGGGGCACGAACCCGUGUCCCCUGCAUCGGCAGGCGGACUCUCAACCACUGCGCCACCAGGGAAGCCCUAUGUUUGUAUUUUUCUAGUGAACAGCCAUGGGGUUUCAUACACUGAACACGCUCCUAAAUACAUCUCCCUCUGUUCCAUUAGGGGAACUGAGCUGGGCCUGCGGGCCCAUGGAGAAUCAGACUGUCGGGGUGAUGGAGUUUCUUUUGCUGGGAUUUCCGCUCAGCAGGCAGGUGGAGCUGUUGUUCUUGGUGCUGCUACUGCCCACAUUCCUGCUGACGCUCCUGGGGAACCUGCUGAUCAUCUCUGUUGUGCUGUCCUACUCCCGCCUCCACACCCCCAUGUACUUCUUCCUGUGCAACCUCAUCCUGGACAUCCUCUGCACCUCCGUCAUUUCUCCAAAAGCAUUGGCCAACUCAGUAUCUGGGGAUAAAACCAUCUCCUUUGCUGGCUGUAUCACCCAGUGCUAUUUCUACUUCUUCCAGGGCACAGUAGAGUUUCUCCUGCUGACAGUCAUGUCCUAUGACCGCUAUGUCACCAUCUGCUAUCCCCUGCAGUGCAGCACCGUCAUGAGGCCUCCUGUCUGCAUUGCGACCAUUGUGUUCUCUUGGGUGGGAGGCUUCCUGCCUGUGCUCUUUCCAACCAUCCUUAUCUCCUAGCUGUCCUUCUGUGACUCCAGCAUCUUUGACCACUUCUUCUGUGACAUUGGGCCCUUGUUGGCCAUGGCCUGUGGCACCACUGCCAUUGAGCUGAUGGAUUUUAUGCUUUCGUCCAUAGUCAUCCUCUAAUGCAUAGUCCUCGUGACCUAUUCCUAUACGUACAUCGUCCUGACAGUAGCGUGCAUCCUUUCUGCAAGUGGGAGGAAGAAGGCCUUCAACACCUGUGCUUCCCACCUGACCAUAGGUGAGGUUGUGAUUUCUGGUAGCAUCAUGGUUAUCUAUGUGAUUCUCUCCCAGGAAGAAUAUCUGGAGAUCAGCAAGGUCCCUUCCAUCCUGAGCAGUGUUGUGGCUCCAUUCCUCAACCCCUUCAUAUAUACUCUGAGGAAUGACACGGUGUUGGGGGUCUUCAGGGAUGUGUGGGUCAGGGUGCGAACAGUUUUGGAAAAGAGGAUGAGGACAAUGCCGAGGAGUGGAUUGUCCUCCAACAGUGACCACAGAGAAGGGGCUGGUUCCUCUUUCCCUUCACUAACGGGUAUCGAUCGUUCAAAUCCCCAGUAUUAAAAGAGAGGAUUGCCUUAGCAAAAGGGUUAGCUAGCUGAGGGAUCCUGAAUGGUCUAUAGCAGAAAGAAGUUGAGUUUGGAGACAGGGACUUAGACUCUAGCCUUCCUUGGUUCUAACUCAAACUCUGUGGCCACAACUGUGUCACCUUGUCACCUGCCA